UCAAUGUUCACUGUUAAAUAGUUGAGCGAAAAAAAAUAGCGACACUUUGUAAUCCAGUCAAAGAAUGUCUGUAAAUUUUUAUGAACCUCAUGUGUGGUAGUAGUAGUAGCAGUAGUGGUAGUAGUGGGAAUGAUCAAUUUGAACGAAUAUAUAUAUACCUAUCUAUAAACACAUAAAUACAUGUAUAUACAUAUACAUAUAAAUAAAUAUCUUCCACGAAAAAUCACAGUUGGAUAAUAUUUCCUUUCACAAAAUAUUUGUGACAUUUACAACUAUAAAUUUUUAUCAAUUCACACGAGACGAGUAAAGGAAAUUUUGUGCAAAUUAUUGAUUUUGCUAACAAGUUUUCUAUUUAAAUAAAGAAAACAGAGAACAAGUAACAUCACAAUGGUGUUAGAAUUUGGUCUUGGAUUUCUAGAUCGACUGGCUGGUUCUAGAAAUAAUGCAUUUUUACAUUUAGAAGAUCUGGCUGAUCGUUUAAAUCAUUUUUUCAGUUGUUUUAUUAUUCUAAUGUUAUCUGGUGUAACAAUGGCAAAUGUUUAUUUUCUACGACCAAUUGCAUGUACAUUGCCAACAUCACCAGAGAAUAAAUUUAAUGAAUUUGCUGAAUCUGUAUGUUGGGUACGUGGUACAAUAGCUAUACGUGAAAAUGAUCAAAUGCCAUUGACAGAUGAAGAUUGGGAGAAACUACGUGAAAAAGCUGAUAUGUCAUUCUAUCAAUGGGUACCAUUUUGUCUAUCCAUCCAAGCAAUGUUAUUCUUUUUUCCACAUGUCAUAUGGCAAUCAUUAGCAACACAUGUAAUGGGUGAAAAUUUAGAAGCAAUAUUAGAUAUGGCCUAUAAAGCGAACACCGCGGAUGAUUAUGUAAAACGUCAAAAAUUUGUUGAAUCUGCCGCUUAUCAAUUAUUUCGUCUAGGACGUCAACAUUAUGAUGGACGAUUAACUAAAUGGUCAUUAUUUCAACGUAAAAUAUCACAUUUCUCUGGUUGUGGUUUAUUAAUGUUUGGUAAACGUAUUGGGAAUUACAUAUCAUUGGGAUAUAUAUUUGUAAAAUUAUUAUAUUUAACUAAUCUUAUUGGUCAAUUAUAUAUUAUACGAACAUUGUUAGGAUAUCAUGGGAAUUUGUUGAAUUUCGGUGAUCGUCUAAUUGGUACGCUGACAUCAAAACAUGAAUGGACUGAAAGUGAAUUUUUUCCACGUCAAACUUAUUGUCCAGUACAUGUACGUCAUUUAGGCACAAAGAAUAAUGUAUUCACAGCUAUUUGUGCAUUACCUGUGAAUAUGUUCAAUGAGAAAAUCUAUAUAUUUUUAUGGUUAUGGAUUGCAUUUGUGACUAUUGUUACAGCAAUCAGUUUAUUUAUUUGGUUAAUACGUUUAUCUGUACAAAAUCGUCAAAGUACAUAUAUUAGUAAUUAUUUACUAAUUUCAGUACGUUCACAAUUAUUUGAUAAAUAUCAAAAUCAUCAAUUUAAUUGUGACGGGUGUAAUAUUAAAUUAGAUGAUAUACGUAUAGAUAAUUUUAUUAAAGAAUUUGUUAAAAAUGAUGGUUUCUUUUUAUUACAUAUGAUACGUAAUAAUGCCGGUGAUGUAAUCACUGGAGAAAUUUUAAAUCAUUGGUGGCAUAUGUUUGUUGAUUAUCAAAAAAUUUGUUUAGAACGAGAAAAUCAACGUGAACAAUUGAAAACUAUGCCGGAAAAACAUUAUGGUUUUAUUGAUACACCAUCAUCAGAUAAUGAAACAAUGUUAAAUCCAAAUUCUAGUAAAUCAGCUGGAAAUUUUGUUUAAAUCAAUCAAUAAUCACAGCAAUUUGAAUGGAGGCAAUUUUGAAUUAAAGUCAAAUUAUUGUUCUAAAGGAGAAGCUUUUUCUGAUUGAUACAUUUGAUUAGGGGGGUUAAUAUAAAUCUUAGUCAAGGUCAUUUCAUACUAAUGUAAUAAAACUUUUGUGUUAGACAAAUUAUGUAACAUUGAACAAAAAAGAAAAUGAACAUUUUUGUUUAAAAUGAAUCAUCUUUCGUUUUCAAAAUUUUUUUGUUGUUGUUGAGAAAUGCUGAUAGUGACUGGCCAUUUCAGUUUAAUAACUUAAAAGAUGUUUUUUUUGUUCGCUCA